AGUUUAAAUCAACGUAUUUACCUGUUUGCAAAAGGUCCGACGAUUUAUAGUAUAUGGAAUCUUUUCAAGUAUUAAUAAGAUCUGAAGAAUUAUACAAAAUCAUGGUGUGAUAAAGUUUGAUAGUUGAAAAUUGAUCAUGUGAAACGAAUUGUAAAUUUCUUAUUCAAACGAUGAUGUGACAUUAGUACACCUUACGUACAUUUGCAAAUUUUUCACUGCACGGAUUUUUCUUUUUUUGUAACUAAAAUGUUCACAGCGAAUUAUUUAUAUAAUUAUACAGAGCAAAGCACUUUCUCGCUUAUAGCGAACGAUUCUUCAGACACUGAAAAUAAAAAUCCUAACGUGAACGAUAAACGCAGAGGUUGGAAUAUGAUUACAGCUACGCAAAUGAUCAUUUUUCUAUUAUUCGUAUUCGGUAUCUUUUUUGCGAUUUUAAUAUAUUGCAAAACCUGUACCAGACUUUACAGGGGAUCUAGUGCAAGAUAUUCAGAGCACAAUGCAUAUCCAAGUGAACGCAGUACCAGUGUAGACUCCAGGCCGUAUUCCUACUCGAUUUAUGAAUCCGCGGACAGACCACCACCUUACAACGAGGCUUGCAACGCUCCACCACUUUAUGAAUCUCCUUUCAAUACAGUAUCUAUGCUUGAAGCACCACCAGUUUAUCCAGAAACCCCCAAGGCGUCUGAACGGGUAUCGCAUUCGAUUAAUCAAACAUUUCCGAUUACGAAUCACAUUUAAUAAAGUAUUUAUAUAUAUGUGUGUCC